UCCGUGCAACACACACACACACACACUGUGUCAUCACUCGCAAGCAGAGAGAGAGAGAGAGAGAGAGAGAGAGAGAGGAACCCACAAUGAACAGAAGAAACUCCUUACUUCUGAAGACCCUUUUGUUCCUCUUUGCCCUCAAUUCCCUCUCUCUCUGUCUCUACUUCACACACCACUCUACAAAACCCUCUUCUUCUUCUUCCUCUGAUUCUUCUUCACACCCUAAAACUCACACCUCUCUCACACUUUCACCACAAACCCACUCUUCAAAACCAUGGCCCAUUCUACCAUCUUACCUUCCUUGGUCCCAAACCACCUCUCCUGCUCCUCCACGCUCCUGCGAAGCCUAUUUCGGAAACGGCUUCACGCGCCGCCACGAUCUCCUUGCCACCGGCAGCGGCGGUGGGUGGUUCCGGUGCUGGCACAGUGAGACUCUCAGAAGCUCUGUGUGUGAAGGGGGAAGGGUGCGUAUGGUGGCGGAGCGGAUUCAAAUGGCGAAGGGUGGUGAGGCUUUGAUGGAGGUUAUUGGGAGGAAGGAGGAUGAGGAAUUACCCUCGUUUCAAAACGGUGCGUUUGAGGUUCAUGGUGGUGAAGGGAAUGAGGAGGAGGAGAAGGUGCUCGUUGAUCGCGAGUUUUUGGAUCGGUAUUUGCCUCGGGGUGAGGUUACGAGACACACUAUGCGGGAUUUGAUUAGUAAGAUUCGGAUCGUGGGUGGGAAGGGUUUUCAUUGUGAUGAGUGGAUUGAGGAACCAACACUUCUGGUGACACGCUUUGAGUAUGCUAAUCUUUUUCACACUGUUACAGACUGGUACAGUGCAUAUGUUUCUUCUAGAGUCACUGGUCUGCCUAGUCGACCUCACCUGAUCUUUGUCGAUGGCCACUGUACGGCUCCUCUUGAAGAGACAUGGAAAGCAUUAUUCUCUAGUCUCAGAUAUGCUAAAAACUUCAGUGGUACAGUUUGUUUUCGUCAUGCUAUUCUCUCACCUUUGGGAUAUGAGACUGCAUUGUUUAAAGGGUUAACAGAAGAUAUAAACUGUGAUGGAACUUCUGCACAAGAACUGUGGCAAAAACCUGAUAACAGCAAGACUGCACGCCUUUCUGAGUUUGGAGAAAUGAUCAGAGCAGCAUUUGGGCUGCCGUUAAACACACACCGGGCUGGAAAACCACUCUUUGGACAUAACGUCCUCUUUGUUCGUCGCGAAGAUUAUUUAGCUCAUCCACGUCACGGGGGUAAAGUUGAAUCAAGACUAAGUAAUGAGCAAGAAGUCUUUGACUCCUUGAAGAGCUGGGCAUCUAAUUAUAAAGGAUGUAAAAUUAAUCUUGUCAAUGGAUUGUUUGCACACAUGUCUAUGAAGGAGCAGGUACGAGCCAUUCAAGAUGCAUCGGUCAUCGUUGGUGCCCAUGGUGCUGGUCUUACUCACAUAGUAUCUGCCUUGCCCAAAACUGUGAUUCUAGAAAUCAUUAGCAGCCAAUUCAGACGGCCGCAUUUUGCAUAUAUUGCCCGGUGGAAAGGGUUGGAGUAUCAUGCAAUUAACCUUCCUGGAUCACAUGCUGAUACUGGAACUGUGAUCAAUGAGCUGGCCAGCAUAAUGAAAAGCCUUGGAUGUUGAGUGUUUUGGGCUGGAAACUACUGAUAUCCGUUUGAGUAGUAAAAUGGAAGGUGAUCUUUAAUUUUCUAUGAUUCACAUCUCAUAUGUGGCUUGCAAGUUUUUACCUUUGAUUGCAGCCAGUUUUUGGUUACUUCAAGUGAUGUAGUUGCUGAUUUCUUGUUGGAGCAGAAACACAUUAACUUCUUUAAACUGAAUUUAACUUAACAAUUAAGCAAUGCAUGUGAAGGUUGAAGCAUCAGUGCCAUGAAAGAAAGGUUCAUUUGUCUUGGUUUGUAUACACACUGGAUUGUUUCCUUCGUUUGCUCCUUGUCCCAAGAUGUAUACAGAAGAGGGGUCUCAAAUAUUUUCUUUGUAUAUGGAUUCUUCCACACACGGUUUUGUUGUACAACAUUGAUUUUUCUUUUAAGUUAAUUUUUGCUGAAUCAUUUUCAUAGAUACUAUGUUAACCAUACAAAUUGCGUUUUUACUUGCAUUAAACUUUUGGCUGACACAUCAUUUCUGAGAAGACAAAUUUUAGAUUUUGUGAUUUCUUAUUAUUAGGGUUUUGUUGAUGCAUGUCAUGCCUUGAGAAUUUUAAAUAGCAUUGUUACAUCAUGUUAAUUACUUAAUAUUAUAAAUGCGUUUU